UAUGAAAAUUUGGGGCGGAGAGGGUCACAGAUAUGGCGGCCGCUAGGAUGGGAAUGCUGAGAACCAUGCCUGCAGGUUUGGUAUGCACAUCUAUAAUUGUACAUGCAGCCAAUAAGGAGGAAUCCAAAAAGCAGCUAGUGAAACCAAAGCAGCUCCCUAUAUAUACUGCACCACCUCUUCAGUCCAAAUAUGUUGAAGAGCAGCCUGGCCGUUUACAAAUGGGUUUUGCAAAUAUACGUACUACAACUGGUCGUUAUAUUGACUGGUGCAAGGGUGUGUAUGUUUUUGUGAAAAAUGGGAUAAUGGAUACAGUACAAUUUGGAAAAGAUGCAUAUGUUUAUCUGAAGAAUCCACCUCGAGAUUUUCUUCCAAAAAUGGGAGUGAUUACAGUUUCAGGAUUGGCAGGCGUGGUUUCUGCGAGAAAAGGUUCUAGGUUUAAGAAAAUUGCUUAUCCACUUGGACUGGCUACUUUUGGAGCAUCUGUUUGCUACCCAGCUCAGUCAGUAAUAAUUGCAAAGGUAACUGGGAAAAAGGCAUAUGAUACAAGUCAACAAAUUUAUGAAGGAGUUAAAUCAUUGUGGACAAAAAAUAACAAAGAAGCACUUCCAGAACCUAAAGAAAAAAACAAGCUAGGAAGCUCUGCUGAAAUAGAAAAACCUGCAGAAACAACUCAUGCCCUGAGACACUCAUUGCCUUUGCCAGCAGAACGCAGCUCAGAAACAAAGACCAAGUCAGAAUCCAUUUCAGGUGCUACACAGUUUAUGCCUGACCCCAAGCUCAUGGAUCACGGGCAGUCCCAUCCAGAAGAUGUAGAUAUGUACAGCACUAGAAGCUGAAAUAGUCUGCAUAGAAAACUACAGGAUGUGUGAAGUUGCAAAUAGUGAUUAAAAAAUCAUGUAAUGGGUAACUGA